AAACAUCUACACUGGAUAUGUUCAUGAGCCUGACCCAAACCAUAUAAUCUUGGGCCCGGGCGAUGAGUUUGUUUCUUGACCCAACCAUACGACCCGAAUCCGAAUUCCAGAGGAUUAAUGUCUAAGUUAUCCAAAGGUCCAAACCGACCCGACCCGAUAACUUUCCUACUUAUUUCUAUCCAAUAGUUAUCUUCUCAUUUUACAUCUAUCCAUUAAAGCAUUACUUCACACGUGGCUGGACCUCCUUUAUCCACAUGUACACGUAAUAAACAAGUCUCCACCAAUUGCCUAAUCUCAACCGUCGGAUGUAGUAUGAAAAUAGAUCAAUGAGGCUUAAUAGCUGACUCACUUCUCUAGUUUUCCAAACUACAACACGUGGCAUAAAGCAGCUAAACAUGUCCGCUCCACUGCAUGCACACACGUCGAUUUUCCAUGCUUGAACCGCCAUUGGCCUCCUCCUUUAAACCUUGCAGAACAAGCAACAAGAAAAAUCAAGAAACUCACAAAUCUUGAAACAUUUCAUCAAAGCAAAAACACCAAGAAAAUCAAGAAAUCAGAGUCUCGAAAUGUCGUCCGAUCAAGCGAGAAGAGAGAGCACAAAAAAUGAGAGAGAGAUUCAUUUAGAGGGAGAUACAGUGCCGAAAAUAACUCUUCAUUUUGAGUCUUUAGCGACUGAAAAACCAACAGGAACCGCUCAGGGAAGUGAUCGGAGUACUACUGCGGCUGCGGCUGAUCGGCCGGAGGAGUUCGAGUCGCUUGCUGAUAAGGUGAAAGGCAGCAAAGGAGGUGCUACAAUGGAGGAGAAGGGGUCUGAUAAUCAGCUCUCUUUGGAGGAGAUUUCGAAGCUUAGAGGAACAGCACAGCAGAAUUCAAUGGAGGCUAUACAAGGUGCACGAGAGAGAUAUGACCAAGCUAAGGAAAAGGCAAGCCAAGGUUUAGGUUCUGCAGCUGAAACUGUGAAAGAAAAAGGUCAGCAAGCUAAGGAUACUGCUAUGGAAAAAGGUGCACGAGCCAAGGAUAGUGUAGCUGAAGGAGCUCAAAGAACAACCCAACAGAUUGCAGAAAAAGGAUCUCAGGCUAAAGAUACUGUGAUGGAAAAAGGUGCACGAGCCAAGGAUACUGUAGCCGCGGGAGCUCAAAGAACAACCCAACAGAUAGCUGAAAAAGGAUCCCAGGCUAAAGAUACCCUUAUGGAUAAGGGUGCACGAGCCAAGGAUACUGUAGCCGAAGGUGCUCAAAGAACAACCCAACAGAUUGCUGAAAAAGGAUCUCAGGCUAGAGAUACCCUUAUGGAUAAGGGUGCACAAGCUAAAGACACUGUUCUUGAAGGUGCUCAGAAGACUAUGCGAUACGCUGCGGAUAAGGGUUCUGAGGCUAAAGAAUCUGUAGCUGAAGGAGCUGGAAGAACAUAUCAGACAGUUUCUGAUAAGGGAUCACAAGCAAAGGACACUGUUCUUGAAGGCUCUCGUAAUGCUACACAAUUACUUGCAGAGAAAGGAACAAUGGCAAAAGAUUCUGUUCUAGAAAAAGGCGCACAGGCCAAAGAUUCUGUUCUUGAAGGAGCUCAAAAAACUAAACAAUAUGUUGCAGACAAGAGCCGAGAGGCUAAAGAUACCGCGGUUGAAAAGGGUCAGCAAACAAAGGAUACUGUGGUGGAUUCAACCAAGAGUGCUAAAGAUUAUGUGGUGGAGAAGGCGGUGGCAGCUAAAGAUGUGACGGUGGAAAAAACUAAGGGGGCUGCGCAUUAUGCUGGGGAAGUGGCGGUUGAUGUGAAGGAUAAAACCACUGUUGCUGGUUGGACUGCCGCGCAUUAUACGACUGAGAAGGCCCUCGAAGGGACUAAGGCCGCUGCUGGGGCGGUUCAGGUGGUGACAGAGAAAGCUGCAGAGCUUGCUGUAAAGCCUUUCAGUGCUGCUAAGCAGGUUGCUGUGUCUACUGGUGAGGGUGUGAAGGAUUAUACUGCAAGGAAGAAAGAGGAAGCUGAGAGAGGAAUUGAAGCCAGGAGAUCUGCUACUGAGAAAGAGGUCCUUCAAUCUACAAGGAAUACUGAUGAACAAUGAUGGAGAAAUUGAUAGCUCCAACUCUCAAUGGCUAGCUUCCAUUAAGAUUCUAAGUUUUAAGUUCUUGAACUUACAAUUUGAUCUUUUCUAAUUAGACAUGUAAAAUAAAAGCUGUGCUGUUAUCUAAAUGUUGAACCCUUGUCAAUGAACAUUUUGAUACUAUCAUACAUGGAUCAUAUUGCAAUGUUUAGUUUUAUGUGCACUUGAAAACUUGAUAUGAAAUUAGUACUUCAUAAUUUGAGGAUAAUGAGAGGGUUUCCAGGGUGGAGAUUUCAAAGAAGAAUCACAGAUUCAUGCAACAGGAGAAGAACGAGAAUGGAUCGAAACAGCAGUCAAAUCCGAAAAGAUCUUUCCCGAAUCCACAGAAGAACAAGAUGAAGAAC